AUGGAGAAAGUUCCUUUUAUCAUCUAUGCCGACUGUGAAAGUUUACUUCUUCCCGUUGAAGAAGAUACAGAUAAUUUAAGUAAAACUGAAAUUUUCCAGCGCCAUAAAUUGCUUAGUAUAGGUUAUUAUGUAAAAUGUAGUUACGAUGACUCAUUGUCCGUGUAUGUACCGUGUCCGAGGCAGGAAAAUGAUCCUGCCAAGUGGUUUGCUGACGAGUUAAGGCAAUUUUCCGAGAAAAUUGAUAAUGUAUUUAAGAAUCCUAUUUCUAUGGAUGCCUUAACUCAUCAGCAAAUUGCUGAUUUUAAGAAAGCAAGCGUAUGCCAUAUUUGCCGUAAGAAUAUACCAGCUAAUGUUAAAAAGGUUCGCGAUCAUUGUCAUCUUACUGGCAAAUAUAGAGGUGCUGCGCAUGAAUCAUGCAACUUGAAUUAUCAUGAGUGCCAAAUCGUACCCAUUGUAUUUCAUAAUUUAAGUGGGUACGAUGCACACUUUACAAUUCAUGCUGUAUCGACGAGCUUUGAAGGUCGAGUUGACCUCCUCCCCUUGAACAAGGAGAAAUAUAUCUCCUUUACGAAAAAUAUCAAGGGGAGUGUGGUUAAAUUACGCUUCAUUGACUCGUUUAGAUUCAAGGCAGCAUCUCUAGAAAAAUUAGCGUCAUAUCUUGACGAAUAUAAAAUUGUUGAAUCCGUAUUUGCCAGUACGGUGACAGAUCGCGAAAAAAUUAAAUUAUUAACGAGAAAAGGUGUCUUCCCUUACGAGUAUUUAGACUCGCGAAGUAAGUUGGAUGACACCGAAUUACCAGCUAAAGAGAGAUUCUAUAGUACUCUCUAUGAUGCUGGUAUAUCCGAUGGUGAAUAUGAGCAUGCGCAAAAAGUCUGGUCUGAAUUUAAUUGUCAAACCUUUAACGAUUACGUUCACCUUUAUAUGAAAACAGACGUGUUAUUACUCACCGAUGUCUUUGAGAACUUUCGCGAACAAUGUUUAAACGCGUACAGGUUAGAUCCAGCACACUAUUAUACUACCCCCGGUUUAACUUGGGAUGCUAUGCUCAAAUAUACGGGCAUAACAUUGCAACUUAUAACCGAUAUAGACAUGAUGAUGUUUAUUGAGUCGGGUAUCAGAGGUGGUAUUAGCCAGUGUUGUAACCGUUACGCUAAAGCGAACAAUCCCUAUAUGGAUCAGUUCGAUCCUACGCAAGACACCCAAUAUAUUAUGUAUUUUGACGCGAAUAAUUUAUAUGGUUGGGCAAUGGCACAAGCGCUACCAAUUGGUGGUUUCAAGUGGAUUGCCAACCCAGACGAGACCUUUAACUUCAACGUACCCGACGACUCUUCAGUCGGGUACAUUUUGGAAGUCGAUCUCGAAUAUCCCGAGAGCCUUCACGAUUCUCAUAAAAACAUACCGUUUUGCGCAGUUAAUGCAAAACCUCCCAUGUCUAAGCAGGAGAAAUUACUCACAACUCUCCUGCCUAAAGAGAAGUACGUGAUGCAUUAUCGUGCAUUGAAACAGGCUCUCGGGAACGGUCUCAAACUAGUCAAAAUACAUCGGGUGCUCCAAUUCAACCAAUCACAAUGGUUGAAACCCUAUAUAGACUAUAAUACUGCCAUGCGAACAACUCCAAAAAAUGAAUUUGAAAAGAAUUUAUUCAAAUUAAUGAAUAACGCAGUGUAUGGUAAGACCAUGGAAAAUGUUCGCAAGCAUGUAGACAUUAAAUUGGUUACACACUGGUUCGGCAGAUAUGGUGCCGAAGCCCUCAUCUCUCGGCCCAAUUUCCACAGUCGUGCAAUAUUCGAUGAAGACCUUGUGGCCAUCGAAUUACGAAUGACUGAGGUCCUACUCAAUAAACCGAUUUAUGUGGGUUUAAGUGUGUUGGAUGUCUCGAAAACGCUUGUCUAUGACUUUCACUACAGUUACAUGCUUCCGAAAUAUGGUGAAGCAUGUAAACUGUUGUAUACAGACACUGACAGUCUAGUGUACGUAGUGAAAUGUCAAGACAUAUAUAAAGAUAUGAAAGAAGACAUCCACAAGUUCGACACAUCUGACUAUCCGGUAAACAAUGCGUAUGGUAUUCCGCAAGUCAACAAAAAAGUUCUCGGCCUAAUGAAGGACGAGUGCAAUGGUAAAAUUGUUACUGAAUUUGUUGGCUUGCGGAGUAAAAUGUAUAGCAUACGCGUUGAAGGUGAAGAUUUCGUUAAGAAAGCUAAAGGCAUUAAAGCGGGAGUCGUCAAAAAGUCUAUUCAUUUUGACGAUUACGUUGAAUGCUUGCGUGAUUUUAAGAUUCAGACUAGAACUCAAUACAACAUUAGGUCACGGUUACAUAAUAUAGAAACUGUUAAACAAGUUAAAGUAGCAUUAAGUCCAUAUGACGAUAAAAGAUACUUGCUUACCGAGAGUACCGAUACUCUACCCUGGGGUCACUACAGGAUCCCAGAAAUCGAAGAAUUGUAA